UUAAUCAUAAUUCAUCAAGAAAUCCAACCACACAACAAAAAAAUUCGAACGUUACACAGAUCGAAAAUCAAACAUGUGUACCGUUGCGAUCUCAAACUCGCCGGUGUUCUCUCCAUCAUCGAGAGUUUCUUCUUCGAUUUUCUGCAAAUCGUCACCUGAAUCUUUGACUUUGACUCAUUCCCCAUCGGCGUCUUCUUCAUCCCCAAAGUCGUCGUUCAAGUUUCGCCUUCAGAAACCAUUGCCGCCUGCUAGUGGACUUAUCAGAGCUUCCAACGAAGAUGGACCCACUUCUUCUUCUACUUCUCCGACGUUUUUGAAGAGAAAAAGACCCACUAGAUUAGCUAUUCCUGUUGCGCCUUUGAGCUUUUCUGCAGAUCAGUCAACGCCUUGUGUGGCGACGGCGGAGGACCGGUGGAAGGAGGUGGAGGUUGAGGGAGAUGGAUAUUCGGUUUAUUGUAAGAGAGGAAAGAGAGAAGCGAUGGAAGAUCGGUUUAAAGCUCUAGUCGAUUUCAGUGGAGAGAAUACACAGGCGUUCUUUGGUGUUUUCGACGGCCACGGUGGAUCAAAAGCUGCCGAAUUUGCAGCAGAAAAUCUCGGAAACAACAUUCAGAAUGAAGUAGAAAAGAGUGGUGAAGUCGAAAUAGUGGAAGCAAUCAAACAAGGCUACUUAAACACAGAUGCAGAGUUUUUAAAACAAGAACAACGCGGCGGAGCUUGUUGCGUAACUGCCAUUAUCACCUCCGGCAACCUAGUGGUCUCAAACGCCGGUGACUGCCGUGCAGUGGUCAGCAGAGGAGGAGCCGCCGAGGCUCUUACUUCCGAUCAUCGUCCUUCAAGACCAGAUGAGAAACUCAGAAUCGAAUCCCUGGGAGGUUAUGUCGACUGUAGACGAGGUGUUUGUAGAGUUCUUGGAUCACUAGCAGUGUCAAGAGGAAUCGGAGAUCGUAGCCUGAAACAAUGGAUAACAGCAGAACCUGAAACCAAAGUAUUCAAAAUCAUACCUGAAUUUGAGUUCUUGAUCAUGGCUUCCGAUGGUUUAUGGGACAAAGUUAGCAAUCAAGAAGCAGUUGAUAUAGCUCGACCUUUUUGUGCUUCCAUGGAUAAAAUGGAAGCUGUUGUGGCCUGCAAAAAGCUUGUUGACCUCUCGGUUUCUAGAGGAUCAGUGGAUGAUACGAGUGUGAUGAUUGUGCACUUGGGUCGUUUUUGUCGAUGAAAUCAUCAAGAAAGAUCAUCAAGUGAACAUUUUUUUUUUCCAACUUCUGAUGAUCCUAUUGUUCUUUUGAUGUUUUAGUAUUCUUAGUUUAACUAGAUUCAUUGUAAUAACCCGAACUACUUACUUGAUUCGUUCAUUCUUUAUAACUCAA